AUGCAUGCCCAGAAACUUCUCCUGCUCUCAGCUGGCUCAACAGCCGCGACCCAGCCGACCGCAACAAUAUCGGGCGGUGUCAUCCAGGGUAUUUCGACAAACCUCCCCAACGGAACAGCAACAGUGAACAAGUUCCUUGGCAUACCCUACGCCGCACCGCCGACCAGAUUCUCACGUGCCGAGCCGCCGAAGCCAUGGAUGGAAUUCUUACAUACUACAGAGUUCGGCCCGGCGUGUCUACAGAACUUUGGUCUCAACGAACUCGGUCCCCGCCCUGAACUGCUAGAAACUCUCUUCAAUACACCCAAAGCCCCUGAGAGUGAAGACUGCCUCACCAUAAACAUCUUCGCACCAGCUACGAACUCGCCCAAAAGCACCCGCGCCGUUCUGGUCUUCAUACCGGGCGGGGGCUGGCAGCUAGGUCACGGUAGAUCGGAUCUCUCUGCCUUCGCAGCCUACGAAGACAUCAUUGCAAUCACUCUAAACUACAGGACAAACGUCUUUGGCUUCCCGUCUUCACCCGACAUACCAGUCACAGAGCGCAACCUGGGCUUAUACGACCAGCGUCUGGCCCUCGACUGGAUCCAGCAAAACAUCGACUCCUUCGGAGGUGACCCAAGCAAAGUAACAAUCUGGGGCGAGUCCGCGGGCUCUUUUGCGGUUGACCUACAUCUCAAGUCGUACGCAAACGAGUUACCGCUAUUGUUCCGGGCGGCAAUCACGUCCAGCGGGCAGAUGAGCUUCGGACCCUUGGCCUUGCCGUUUGCCAGUGACGACAAGACAUGGAAGCAGCUUGCCUCCGCGGUAGGCUGUGCGAACGAUGCCGGCCUGGACUGCAUGAAGGAUGUCUCAUCCGAGAAGCUCGUCAAUGCAAUGCGGGAAAAGAAGAUCUCAUUCGGACCUCAAACCGAUAACGUCACUGUCUUGAGCAAUCCCGCCGAGCUUUGGAGGGGCGGACAGGUUGUCAAAGUGCCAAUUCUGACGGGAACGGUGGCUGAGGAGGGGCGGGGUUUGGUGAACGACCAAGUUAACUUGACGACAUUUCUGGACGCUUACUUGCCGACUGGUCUCGUUGCGAAGGAGACGAGGGACGAAAUUGUGUCAGUCUACCGCUCGAGCCUGACAUCCGACUUCGAUAUUGCUUCCGCUAUCUAUACAGACUACUUCUGGUCCUGCCCUCAAUCCAUCUUGGCGACCACGGCAGCCUCGAAGGGAAUCUCAACGUGGCGCUACGUCUUCAACACGUCCAUCUUGAACCUAUUGCCAGAAGAGUACGCUUGGCUAGGCAAGUUUCACGGAUCAGAGGUGAUACUCCUCUUCACGGAUCCUAGUAGUACCCCUUAUACACCCCAAGCCUACUCGGUCUACGAGUAUCUGCGGGGUGCCAUCGGCCGAUUUGUGAGGAACCCGACUGCCGGGCCGGGUUGGGCGUCCGUUGGCUCUGCUGAUGCACCUCUUGAUGCUUUGGUUCUGGGAGAUGCUGGGGAUGUCCCAGCCGUUGCUUCCCCGGUGAAUGGUACGUUGUUGGAUAGGAAAUGCGGCCUGUACAGGGACAUCUACUCUCUCCUGGAGCUGGCCAGGCGUUGA